ACAUCAGCACACAAGCAUUGGAAUCAAGGAGAAUAUGUGAAGGCAGCACAAAAACGAGGGAGAGAGAGACGUGUGGAGACAGAGAGAGACUGAGUGAUAGCGGGUUGGCAGGUGGACGGAUGAAAGAACUGGAGACCAGAAGAUGCUUCAGCUUUGUCAGUGUUUCCAGCAUCAUGAUGAUGAUACAGAACAACCUGCAAAAACAGACUUACAUAUCAGCAGCUUCCUUCUGAUUUAAAUCAAGCAGAAUCACUAACCAACACAACUCUACUCAUCUGGAUCACAUAAGAUCUUAAAGACACCUGGAACAAAGGAAUACCAGCGAAACAAAGCAAACUAAAUAUAUUACACCUAAACUCCUCUAGCCAUCUCUCUUUUUUUAUGGUACGAUGGAACGACUUCAACUCCAGGUGAACUAAUCUUGAUUUAACAAUAUGCUGUGGAUCAGGUUCUCCACUGGGAGGAUCUUCGUGCGGGCAAGAGCACAUGGAGAGUAACGUAGUAAUACUUUGAUUCACAGACUCAAUCUAUUUUUAAUGAGCUGGAAUGCCUUCUCUCUGCCAAGAAUGAGAAGUUUAAUGAUGCUCAGUGAGCCAUGCCCUUCAACACCUGCACACUCUCAUAGAAGAGCACGAAUCGAAGAGUAAUGCUCAUACUUAGAAUUCUGCAGAUGCAACAUUUUUGCCUUCAGAUUCCAAUUUUUCUGCUUAUUAUCUCCAAGUUCUAAAGGAACUUGGGUCCCUUAGGAGAUGGAGAUGAGACGCAUGUGAGGCUGUCGGGUUGGUCACAAGGACCUGUCUUUUGGUUUGUGCAAAAAAAAUUUUAAGGACACUUGAAGGUUGAAGAAAAACAAGACUUGUUACCGUUUGAAAAUGUCUAACUUUAGAGCAACAUUUAGACAUUGAGUGACUUUUGGAAAUCACAUACAGAAAAAUCCAAUUUGGGUGCAAAACAUCUAAAAAUACAAGUCAAUACAACAACAAAAAAUGGCAGAGCUUGCGGGAUACAAUGGCAGUGAGAACUUUAUGUUCUCAACCGGUCUGCCUUUCAACUCUACUGGCGACUAUGAGUAUUACGAACCCGAACCCGAUGCCAGCAAGAUCAUCAUCCCCUCCAUCUAUGCACUGGUGUGCUGUGUUGGCGUUACGGGAAACGCCAUGGUUAUCUACGUCAUCCUCAAGUAUGCCAAGAUGAAGACGGCCACCAACAUCUACAUUCUCAAUCUAGCCAUUGCGGAUGAACUCUUCAUGUUGAGCGUCCCCUUCCUGGCCACCUCAGCUGCGGUGCAUCACUGGCCGUUUGGCUCGCUCAUGUGUCGUUUGGUUCUCAGCGUGGACGGCAUCAACAUGUUCACAAGCAUCUUCUGCCUGACCGUGCUGAGUGUGGACCGCUACAUUGCAGUGGUGCACCCAAUCAAAGCGGCUCGCUACCGUCGCCCGACCGUCGCCAAAGUUGUCAAUGUUUGCGUGUGGGGACUUUCGCUGCUUGUAAUUCUGCCCAUCAUCAUCUUUGCGGACACGGUUCCGGCUCAGGAUGGAGGAGUGGACUGCAACUUUCUAUGGCCAGAGUCCUCGUGGUCAGAAGCGUUUGUGGUCUACAUCUUCCUACUUGGUUUCCUGCUCCCCGUGGCUGCCAUCUGUCUGUGCUACUGCUUGAUUGUAGUGCGCAUGCGAGCGGUGGGUCUAAAAGCAGGCUGGCUGCAGCGGCGGCGCUCUGAAAAGAAGAUCACACGCAUGGUGCUGCUGGUGGUGGCCGUUUUUGUGCUCUGCUGGAUGCCGUUUUAUAUUGUGCAGCUGAUUAGUGUAUUCCGCAAGCCGCCGGACCCCAUGGUGACUCAGCUAUUUGUCAUUCUAAGCUACGCCAACAGUGGCGCCAACCCCAUUCUCUACGGAUUUGUGUCGGACAACUUCCGCCGCUCGUUUCAGCGCAUCAUUUGUUUCCGCUGGCUGGAGAACGGACUGGAUGCUGAGCAGGUGGACUACUGUGCUGUGGCCCUUCGGCGUCAGACCACAUGUGGCCCACCAGACUUUCCAAAGGAGUGCUUGGCCUCUGACAUGGUGUUUCGUAAUGGAACCUGUACCUCCCGUACAACCACUCUGUAAGAGGGUUUUCAGUGAGAGUGUUAUAGUUUAAAGGGAUAGUUGACUCAAAAAUGAAAAUCGUUAUUUACUUUCCAACCUGUACUAACAGUAUUGGUUAUCAAUGAUGUUUAUUUUUGGGUGAACUGCCCCUUAAUCAUAUCAUUCAUUGAGACAUGAAGUCCAGACCAAUUGACCUAUCAGUAAGCCCCUCCCCUCAAACACAGAUGAGCCAAUGGCUGUCAAGUAUCAGUUGCACGGGGACUGGAACUCGGACACCUUUAGAUUUCAGCGCUAUAGAGAAACAUUGGAAGAUUCAAAGAUUUCAUUGGUUUGAUGGUGUUUAUGCUAUAAAAAUGGAAAAACAAUGUGCCUGGGGUACAUGUAACACUGACUCCAGGUAUCCUGAGCAGAUAGGCAAAAGGAUUUAUUUGAUUAAAUUUCCUAAACCCAAACAAAACAGAACAAAAGUUUCCCUAAGCAUUCUCCCCCAAUCCCAAUGAAUACGAAAAC